CAACUCACAAACCUAUUUCUCUCUAGGGUUUUAGACGAGUCUGAGAUCCGGGGUUUCUCAGGCCCAUAAUCAUGCUUCUACGUAGCUCAUCGUCGCCGAUACUCAACUCAUGGCUCAAAGUCGACUCGGGUCUCGGGUCGUCGUCGCCCGAGCCCGAAAUGGUGCACCAAAUCCCCAGAACCAGCUCCAUUUCGCUCUCCUCCAAUGGCUCAAGAUCUCCUCUCUCGAUCUCUCGUAACUCGAAGCAUCAGCAGCAGCUCGUCACAACUCUCACGCGCCGCGGCUCCGACGCCGACCUCGGCGACCAUCGCAGACCGUCGUUCGCGAGCACGUUGAACGGGUUCGAGGAGGGAGAAGAGGAGGAGAGAGAAGUGUCCGAAGUAUCCGCCGCGUUCGGGGGCGGAUACGGCGGAGGAGGAGGAGUGAGGAGGACGAUGUCGUUAGGGUUGGCGGAGGUGGAAGCGUGUGAGAUUGGGACGAGGGAGAAUAUUGGGUUGUUGAGCGUUUUGGUUGGGGGUGGGGCCGGCGGAGGUAAGAUCUCCGGUGGUAAUGGCGGAGGAGGAGGAGGAGGAGGAGGUGGCGGAACGGACGGUGGAGAUUCUAUGAGCGCCGAGAUGCAUUAUCAGAAUAUGAUCGAGGCUGAUCCUGGAAAUCCUCUGCUUCUUAGCAACUAUGCUAAGUUUCUCAAAGAGGUGGUUGGGAAUUUAGAGAAAGCAGAAGAGUACUGUGGGAGAGCGAUUUUGGCUAACCCAAACGAUGGAGGUGUUUUAUCCAUGUAUGCGGAUUUGGUAUGGCAGCUUCACAAGGAUGCUGCCAGAGCCGAGACUUACUACGAUCAAGCUGUUAAAGCUUCACCAGAGGAUUGUUAUGUUCAAGCAUCUUAUGCUCGUUUCCUUUGGGAUUCUGAGGAAGAUGAAGAGGAGGAGGAGGAGGAGGAGAAGGAAGUGGAAGAAGGCACAAACCGCGCACCAGCACACAAGUUGGUUCACGAAGUUCCAUCUUCACCGACUCCUUUGGCUGCUGCUGCUUAGAUCUGUCGGGAGUCCUGACCUUUUGUGCAUAUCUACUAGUUAACCUUUGUAGUAAAAUCACUUUGGCUGCCUGCUCACUGCUGUGCUGAGAUGAGCUGCAUUUGACAGCUCUUGGUUUUGUUUUUCCCCUUUUGUAGUUGGUCAGUCUUGUAAAAGAGACAAAUUGUAACAAAAAUAAGUGAUGGAAUAGAUUUUUUCAAAGUAAAAUCGUU